AUUGCAACAAAAAACCUCGAUCGGCGCUUGAGGCAGCGGCUGAGAGAGCCCGGGACCCUUUGACUUGGGUUGACUGGUUCCAGACAACACACGCCCUAAAGUCUAAACCCACCCAUGGCCAAGAGCACGGACGGCCAGGAUCUAGUGCUGCCUGUUAGCCAACGGCAGAUCUGACAAGUCCCCUGUCCCCGCAACGCUGCUCUGCUUCAUCGCCGCCCCCCUCGCCACCUCCGCCUCCCCGAUUUCGAAUCCCGGCUAGGGUUCGUCGCCUCCGGCAGGCGGCAGCCACGUCCCCGCCGCCACCAUGGAGACGAUCCCCAUCCUCAACGUCUGCGAGCUGGCCGACGUCCAGGCGUCCACCGGCGCCGGACCGAUGAACGCGCACGUCCUGCUCAUCCCGCACCUGCGCGAGGCGACGGACGUCCACGCGGCGCUCAGGAAGGCGGUGGAGGAGCACCGGUGGAAGGUGAAGAACCCAGGGCAGGUGGCGGCGGCCCGCGAAAUGGACCUCGCCCUGGGCAGGAUGGCGGGAGCGCUCGCCGCCAUCCGCAGCGGCGGCGGUGACCCCAGCUCCGCCGUCGACGACCUCGAGAAGCACACGAAGGAUUUCGCUAACCAGGGGUUCUUCGGCACGGAGCGCACCCUCGGAGCCGUCGCGCGCCCAGCGCUCGAGGUGGUCCGAUGCGCGCGGGCGGCGCUCGCCGACCGCCUCUACGACCUCGUCGCCGACCGCCUGUACGACCUCGUCGAUGCUGCCGCUGGCAAGGUGCAGCGGGCGAGGGAGCUCCAGGUCUGCCUUGAUCCUGAACAGAUUCCUCUGAAAGUGAAGUCCAUCAAGGACAUCGCGGAGCUCGCACCCUCCUCAGACGAGGACGCCUUGCCACAGCCGGAGGAGGAGGCUUGGUGCGUGGGACCAGUGGUCAUCCUCACCGGCCUGGAGCACAUGAACGAGGCAACUGAUAUUUACUUGGCCCUUCUGCGCAACAAGGAUAUCAAGGGAUGGCGUGUUCUCGGAGUCCAAAAUGUCAGGCAGAUUAACGAGUUAGACAGUUACCUGCAGUGCAUUUGGGGGAACAUGAAGAGGCUUCACCGUUCUGAGGUCCUGCUGGAUGAUGUGACUAGGGGUUCAUACUCUUGUUGGAUCAGCCGGGCCAAGCCUGUUGACACAUCCAGUGUGCGUGCACUUGCCGGGAUGGCUGUUAGGGUCCUCGAGCUGGUUCGUGAUGACUCCGUUGUUUUCUGCACAGGCAAUGAGUUGGCUGAUUUUGUUCUUUGAGUAGGUUACUAGCUUUUGCUCAUCGGGAUGUUAGAAUGAUCUUUAGUAGAUUGGAACUGAAUUUUGGAGUUGUGCAAACAAAGGUCGAACAUGUUUGGAUCUAUGCAUUAUAUGCUGUGUGUUGGAACUGAAUGAAUCUUGCAGUCGGAUGGGAAUAUGGAAUCUGAGAUCUGAAA